AUGUCCGAAAUCAAGUUCUUCAAGUUCUUGGUGACUAAGCACGUUUUCUACAAAUCCAAACAUACUUUUGCCUUGGUCAAUUUGAAGCCCUUGGUGCCCGGACAUGUUUUAAUUGUACCACUCAGAAACACCGCUCUAAGGCUAGCGGACUUGACCCCAGAGGAAAGUAUAGACUACAUGCAAGUGAUCCAAUUGAUCCACAGGUUUAUCCAAAAGACCUACAAGGCUGACGCCUUGAAUAUAGCAAUUCAGGAUGGUCCAGAACUGGGUCAGUCUGUCCCUCACUUGCACACUCACAUACUUCCUAGGUUUGCUACGGACGGGUUCGGUGAUGGGGUUUAUAAGAUGAUUGAAGAAUUUGAUGCGGAGAAGUACUACGAGGAAUUCGACAAGAGGAAGGAAGAGUUCCGAAAGAACAUAGGUGCGUUUAGCGAAAAGAUUCCAAGCGAUGAUGACAGAAGACCUAGGACCCCUGAGGAGAUGGAGAAGGAAGCGCAAUGGUUGGCGGGGGAGCUUGAGAAGUUCGUGAGUGAGCUCGAUACAAGCAAGGUUGCAAUUCCUGAACAGUAG